CAGGCGAGCCACCCAGGGAGCCCGCGGAAAACGUGGGCGGUGUGGAAAUGUAACUGUGUGACGGUGUGAGACCGUGCCACCUGGCGUGACCACAGGAGACUGACCGUGUGAAAAUGGGACGGUGUGUGGCAGCGGGGAGGACCGUGUCACCUGUGACAGUCCCUGCUUUCUCAGGAUACUGUUCUUCUCCCGUAAAGAAACGUGAAAGAGGAGGACAGAACCAUCAUAAAUUCUCAAAGUCUUAAAGCCAUGUCCAAGGAUUUGGUCACAUUUGGGGAUGUGUCUAUAAAUUUCACUCAAGAAGAGUGGGAAUGGCUGAACCCUGUGCAGAGGAAUUUGUACAGGAAGGUGAUGUUGGAGAACUAUAGGAGCCUGGUAUCACUGGCAGGAAUUUCUGUUUCUAAGCCAGAUGUGAUCUCAUUAUUGGAACAAGGAAAAGAGCCCUGGAUGAUGAAGGAGGGAACAAGAGACAUAUGCCCUGAUUGGGAGUCUAUAUUUAGAGCCAGUGAAUUUUCAUCAGAGCAAGAUAUUAAUGAAGAAUCAGCCAAAGUAGUGACAAUGGAAAGAAGCCAUCUUAUUUACACCCUUGAUUACCCCAAUUUAAAAGAAAAUUGUGAAAGUGAGGACUGGUUUGAAAACAAGUUGGGAAGUCAGGCAGUACAUUCUAGUCAGGUGGUCAUCACUCAUAAAGAAAUCCUCUCUGAAGAUCAAAGUAAUGAAUGUAGUAAGUCUUGGCAAACAUUCCAACCGACUUCAAUACUAGAUGUACAACAGAGUUUCCCUGUAAAAGAAAGAGGAUGUAAACAUGAGUCACAAAAGAGAAGUUACCGGAAAAAAUCUGUUGAAAUGAAAUACAAGAAGGUUUAUGUGGAAAAGAAACUUUUGAAAUGUAAUGAAUGUGAGAAAGUCUUCAAUCAGAGCUCAUCCCUUACUCUCCAUCAGAGAAUUCACACUGGAGAGAAACCCUAUGCGUGUGUUGAAUGUGGGAAAUCUUUCAGCCAGAGUGCAAACUUAGCUCAACACAAAAGAAUACAUACAGGGGAGAAGCCUUAUGAAUGUAAAGAAUGCAGGAAGGCCUUCAGCCAAAAUGCACACCUUGCUCAACAUCAGAGAGUUCAUACUGGAGAGAAACCUUAUCAGUGUAAAGAAUGUAAAAAAGCCUUCAGCCAGAUUGCACAUCUUACUCAGCAUCAGAGAGUUCAUACAGGAGAGAGACCUUUUGAAUGUAUUGAAUGUGGAAAGGCCUUUAGUAAUGGUUCAUUCCUUGCUCAACAUCAAAGAAUUCAUACAGGAGAGAAACCUUAUGUGUGUAACGUGUGUGGAAAAGCCUUCAGCCAUCGAGGAUACUUAAUUGUACAUCAGAGAAUUCACACAGGAGAGCGACCGUAUGAAUGUAAAGAAUGUAGAAAAACGUUCAGCCAGUAUGCACACCUCGCCCAACAUCAGAGAGUUCAUACUGGAGAGAAACCUUAUGAAUGUAAAGUAUGUAGAAAAGCCUUCAGCCAGGUUGCAUACCUAGAUCAACAUCAAAGGGUUCAUACUGGGGAGAAACCCUAUGAAUGUGUUGAAUGUGGGAAGGCCUUUAGCAACAGUUCAUCACUUGCACAACAUCAGAGAAGUCAUACUGGAGAAAAACCCUAUAUGUGCAAGGAAUGUAGGAAAACAUUUAGCCAGAAUGCAGGCCUUGCUCAACAUCAGAGAAUUCAUACUGGAGAAAAACCUUAUGAAUGUAAUAUUUGUGGGAAAGCCUUUAGCUAUAGUGGAUCUCUUACUCUUCAUCAGAGAAUUCAUACUGGAGAGAGACCCUAUGAAUGCAAAGAUUGCAGAAAAUCUUUCAGGCAACGUGCACAUCUUGCUCAUCAUGAGAAAAUUCAUACUAUGGAAGCAUUCUUGACCUUUUCCUCUCCCUCACCUUCCCCAUCCAAUCAGUUACCAAGACCUGUGGGCUUUAUCUCCUAAAUUUGUCCAGAAUCUGACCCCUUUAAUCCACUUCAUUUCAUCAUCUUUGUCCAAUAUACACUAAUCUAUUUAACAUAGAUCCUUAUAAAAAUAGCUUUCUAUGUUGUCUCCCUGUAUUCCCCAUUGCCUUUGUCAGUUUCCCGCAUUCCAACCAAAUUUUUAUUUUUUAAUAUAAAAGUUUUAAUCUUAUUGUUUCUCCUUAAAAUCCCCAAUGACAUCCCAUAGUUCUUAGGUUAAAAUAGACAUUCCUCAAAAUAGCCUAAAAGAUCUCCCUGACCCCCAAUUCCUUGUUCCACACUGCAUUCCAAAGCCCUUACGUCAGUAUCCAUCUAAUUCCCUGAAGAUACCCAGAUUUAGUAACUCGUACCAACACUAAAAAGUUCUGGGUUCCAGUCCUUGCUUUUCCAUUUUUUAGCCCUAAUUUUGACAUAGCAUUUUGUCCUUUGUAAACUUUAGUCUUAUUCAUAUUGUUGAGAUAUUGGUACUACCUCAAAAGUCAAUGGGAAAAUUAAAUAAUGCAUGAAAAUUACUCAUCAGAGUGCCUAGCAUAAACUAAUAACUCAGAUAUGAGUGUAAAAUAAAAAGGAACCAUGACACAAAAACAGCUGACCAUGAACCAAAAAUAAGAAGUAACACUGGAACAGGAGAGGGUAAAGAUUUUUUAAUUAGAAAUAGUAAAAUUGUGUCAUAAGAUCUAAUAAAAUAGGAUGAUCAUUAGAUUUUAUGAUGAUGUAA